UAAAUGUCAAUCGAAAUGACAUUUGCAUUGACGUUUUUGUUGCUUUGACAAAACAUUCAAAAUAUAACCCCACAUUUAAUAAUAUUUAAUUAAUAUAAAUUAACAAUAAAAACAAUAUCAAAAAAAAAAAACAAUCAAUGUUAUAAAUUUCCCUAGUAAAAACAAGUCCAGUUAUCAACUAAUCACGUCAAAGUAUUCAGCGAAUGAUCGCGCUUGUAUUUAGGUUUUUGACUAAAAAAAAUAAUAACAAUUAUUCACCUUAAUUGUUAAACAAUAAUUUUUUUUUUUUUUUAAAUUACAUAUAUUCAACAAUCAACUAAUUACCUGUGGAUAUUAAUCAAUUGUCAACAUCAAAAGGAAAUUAUAAAAAAAAGAUAUUAAAAAAAAAAAAAAAAAUAGAGGCUCUGGUUAUUCUGCCAUGAUAGACCAGAACGCGUCUUUUUUACAACCAAUAAAAAGUCAAUGAAUAAAAACAAAAUGUUUAUUUAUCUUGUAUGUGAAGUGUAUAAUUUAAUGUAAGGGUAGCAGAAUGGUGGUAGAUAGUUUAUCAGUUCAUGGGUCGUCAACUGUAGUGAGGAAACACGAUCGUAGGUUGGCUGGUACAGUUGGUAAUAACAACAAUAAAAUGCAACUAAAUGGAAGUGGUGGUAAUAGUACAGGUGGGAUGACGCCCAAAGAACUAUGUGACAAUGAUGAUAUUGCUACAUCAAUUGUACUUGAUCCAUAUCUUGGUUUUGUUACUCAUAAAAUGAAUAUCAGAUAUCGACCACUUAAAGCAAAUAAAGAUGAAUUACGUAAAAUAAUAACUGAUUUUGUACAAAUACAAAAUUAUGAAUUAACAUAUAAAAAAUUAAUGAGUGGUGAUUGGAGUACAAGAAUACCAAAUACAAAAUCAAAACAACAACAAAUAAAUUUACAAAAACAUAUUUAUCGUUAUCUUCGUGUAUUUGAUAAAAAUUCUGGUUUUGCUAUUGAGCCAUGUUAUAGAUAUUCACUUGAAGGACAAAAAGGAGCUAAAAUAUGUGCAACAAAACGUUGGCCAAAACAUGAUAAAAUAUCAUGUCUUGUUGGUUGUAUUGCUGAAUUAAGUGAAAAAGAAGAAUCAGCAUUAUUACAUCCAGGAAAAAAUGAUUUUUCAGUUAUGUUUAGUUGUAGAAAAAAUUGUGCACAAUUAUGGCUUGGUCCAGCAGCUUAUAUUAAUCAUGAUUGUCGUGCUAAUUGUAAAUUUGUUGCUACUGGACGUGAUACAGCAUGUGUUAAAGUAUUACGUGAUAUUGAAAUUGGUGAAGAAAUAACAUGUUUUUAUGGUGAAGAUUUUUUUGGUGAUGGUAAUUGUUAUUGUGAAUGUGAAACAUGUGAAAGACGUGGAACUGGUGCUUUUGCUAGUCAAAAGCCAGGUGAUGAUUUAUCAACAGGUUAUCGUUUACGUGAAACAGAUAAUCGUAUUAAUCGUACAAAACAUCGUCAACAGCCAACAAAUGCAAAUAAACAACAAGCAGAUGGUGCAUUGAAUGAACGUAAUGAUGUACUUGUUAGAAAUUCAGCAAUAACACCACAAUCACUUAGUAUGAAAGAGCUACGUCGUAAAGGCUUGACAAAAUAUGAUGCUGAAUUAUUGAUUGCUCAAGGCUGUCAAUUUUCAGAUAUAACACAACCACAACAACAACAGCAACAACAACAACAACAACAACAACAGCAACCAACAAGUACAGAUGAUUCUUAUGAUAAAUCAAGAUCACAAUCGUCACAAAUUAUUGCAUCUACCACGCGAAAUCUUAGAAACAAACAAUCUGCCAAAAAUGACAACCACACUAAUUACACUAAUAACAAUAACAACAACUAUAACAAUAAUAAUAACAAUAACAAUAUUAGUAAUAAUAAUAAUAAUACUCAUGUAAAUAGUGGAGGUAGUAGUAUUAGUAGUAGUAGCAGCAGUAGCAGUAGUAGUUGUAGUGGUAGUAGUAAUUGUAGCAGUAGUAAUAUUAAUAUUAAAAAUGGACAAAGUUUGAGAGCAUCAAGACUCCGUAAACGUACUGAGAUAAAAAAAAUAAAUGCAAAUAGUGAUGAAUGUUCAAGUAAAAUUAAUAAUAAUAAUAAUAAUAAUGAAACAAAUGAAAUGAAUAAUAUUGAUGAAAAAUAUAAUAGAAUAACAAUUGAAGAUUUUAAUGAUGAAUCUAAAGAAAAUCCAACAGAAUCAAGAAUUCAUGAUUCUGAUAAUAAUAAAAAUAAUCGUACGUGUACAAUAUUAAGUAAAAAUCAACGUGAUAAUGAUGAUUUUAAUAGUAUAACAAAUAAAAAUGAUAUUAAUAAAUUAAUAUUUAAUAAUGAACUUAAAGAAACAACACAAAAUUGGCGUAAUCCAACAGUUAUUAUAAAUAAAAGAAGAAAAUCAUUACAAUUAAAUAAUGAUACACGUGAUAUUGAGCUAAGAAAAUCACCAGCACAUGGUGAAACACCAAAAAGGCCAAGUUUUGAUGAUGUUGAUUGUCAAACAGCUAAUUCAGAUAAUACAAGAAUUGGAAGAAGUUUUAAUGGUUCAAAUGUUGGUAAUGAAAUAAAUAUACAAAUACCAGAAACAAUACAAACAUUAGUAGAUGAAAUAACAAAUAUUGAUAAUGAUAAUGAUAUUAAAAAUAAUGAUACAACAACAACAACAACAACAACAUCGUCAUCAUCAACAGAAACAACAACAACAACAACAGCAUUUAAUUUUAGUGAUGAAAAUCAUAUUUGUAAAAUAAAUGGCAAUGAUGAAUCAAUGAGUAAAUUAAAUAAUGAAAAAUCAGAAGAUUCAAGAUGUUUAACAUUAAAAAGAUCAUCUAAAAAAAAAAAUAAUAAUUCAAAAUCACGUAGACGAAAUAGAAAAAAUUAUACUGGUGAAAUAACAAAAUCUAAAAAAACAAAAUUAUGUAUUAAUAAAAUUGAUGAUAGCAAAAAAAAUAUAAAUAAUAAUGAUAAAAAUAAAGGACGUAUAACAAGAAGUUCAAAACAAGAAAUUCAAACGACAAUUAUUGGUGCUGGUGAUGAUGAUUCUGGUAUACAAGGUGAUAUUUAUGAAUUUAGUGAAAAACAAAGUAAUCUUGAGGAUGUUGAAGUUGGUACAAUUAUUAGAAGAAAUAAACAAGAUAAAAUUAUUGAUAAUACAACAAAUAGAUUACAAGAUUUUAAUAAUAAAAUUGAAUCAACACCAGUUGUUGUUGUUGCUGAUGCUGUGACAACACCAUGGUCAAGUAAUAAAUCUGAUUUUAAAAUAAAUCAAACAACACGUGAUAAUUUAUUUGAAUCAACUGAAAAUCAAGACAGAUCAAAUGUCGAGACAGAAUGGCAAAUGACAGAUUCACGUUGUAAAGAAUGUCCAACAACACCAGAACGUCCUGGUGGACGUUUAAAAUUAACUCUUAGAAUGAAACGUUCACCAAUUAUUGAUGAUAUUGUUGAAUCAGGUACAAGUCUAAGUGAAGAUAGUUUUGAGCCAGAAUAUGAAGUUUUACGUGUUGAAGGUGUUGAUAAUUCAAAAAGAAAAAAAAAACAUAAAACACGUAAUCGUGAAAGACGACAUAAAAAACGUAAUUUAAAUCUUGAUCCACCACUUCUUCCACCACCAUCACCACCAUCAUUACCACCACCAAUGAAAAGAUUACGACUUAUUUUUGGCAAUGAAACUCAUACUAUUGACCUGCCACAUUCAUAACACAAUUAAUAUCAUUAUCUCAUUGUAGAAAUAAUUUAAAUAAUUUAAAUAAUUAUAACAUAAACAUUCAUUAGUUUAUUUUUUAAUUUAAAUUUUAUAUAGAUAAAAAAUAAAAUGAGAAUGCAAUUUUUUAAAUUAUCAAUCAUCAUAUGUUAUAUUGUAAUUUAUAAAACAAAAAAAAGUUGAGCAGCUUGAAUAUUUAUUUAGAUAGAAAUUGUUAUCCAUUAUUUAGUUUAAAAAAUUAAUUCAAGCAUUUCAAAAAUUAAAUGUGUAAAUAAUAAUCAAUACAAUUAAUAAUAAAUAAUUUUGAUUAAUAAGUAGUUUCAUAAAAAUUCACAUUAUUAAUUGUGUACUUUGACAAAAUAUUUAAAUGGUAUUAUUUUUUAAAAAAACAGUCAAAGUAAACACCUUGUAAUUUAAUGGCUUUAAUGAAAGAAAAAAAAAAAAACUAAAUUAAAAUAAAACCAGUGUAUAAAAAUCAAUAUCUUUUAUUCUGAAAAUUGUUAUUAAUCGAGUUAUUUAAUAUCAAAAACUCGAGUAAUUAUUAGCUAUAUAAAAAACAAAAAAAAUUACAAAAAAAUACUGAUAUUUUCUUCAUCAGUGCAAUAGUUUUAAAUCUACAAUUUACAUGGAUAAUUAAAAAAAUUAAAUUAUAUUAAUUUACAAUGUAAAAAGAUGAUUGUUUUUAAUUUUUUUUUCUUUUUUUUUUUGUAAAGAAAAAACAAUGUAACUCUUUCGAUUUAAAAAAAUUCAAAAAAAAAAAAGUUUGUGAUAUAUACAAUAUUACUAACACUAUAGUAAUAUUAAAAAAAAGUAGUAAAAAUUAAUAACGAUUAAAAAAAACGCUGUGUAUUAAUUGAGAAAGAAAAUUUAAAUAUUUGGCAUUUUUUUGACUACUUAAAAUUCGUGGUUGUUUUUUUAGACUAAAAAAUACAAAGAAAAAUAAAUGAAUCUUUAUAUUUUUUCAUUUAAAAAUUAUGUUUUUAAUCACUGCCACUUAUUAUCAAUAAAUGUCACUAUUUAAAUGUGAAAAAAAAAUAAUAAUUUUUAAAUAAUAUUAACAAAAUUACAUGUGAAAACUCUAAAUUAUACACAAAAAUUAAUUUAAAUUUAUGUAAAUAUAUAUUGGCAAUUAAUUUAUUGAACUUAAUUUUUAGUUAAAUUAAUUUUUAUAUUAUUUUAAUUAUUUAUAAAUUUAUUCUUCAUAUAUUCCAUAAUCUCAAUUAAAUAAUUGACUUGUUUUUAAAACUAAAUUAAACAUUUUUUUUGUUGUUAAAAUCAUUGAUAAAAUAAAACUAUACACAAUACCAAUUAUUUUUUAUCAAAUAAAUAAAUUCAAAUCACAAA